AUGGAAGAAUCUAAAGCCUCAAUCUUUCCUGCCGCCGAGAUGGGCAAGGAGAUCACCGUCACCGCAGUGGAAAGAAGAGCCAACGAUGACUCGGGGAACGCAUGGACCUCGGUUCCAGUGAAUGACCAAGAUCUGUCCCAGGGAUACAAGGAUAUCAGCUUUCGCCAGUUGAAUAACUAUAUCAACCAUGCCGUGCAUUGGUUAUCUGAGAACCUGCCCCAAAGCUCUGAGCCAUUCCAAUGCUUUGCCUAUGCAGGUCCCAAGGACUUGCGCUAUCCAAUCCUGACCUUGGCUGCAGCAAAACUGCAGAAAGUGAUUGUCCUUCCUUCUCCACUUAUCACGCCCGAUGCCCAAGUGAGAAUCCUCAAUGCCAAGAACUGUGGUCUAUAUCUGCGGACAGCCGCGAUGGCGGAACCGGUAGCAGCUGUACUCAAGGAAGCGCCUCACGUUCAAGCUAUCACUGUGCCUGACCUCGGUGUAUUUGUGAAAGAAGACCCAGCACCGAGAUAUACAUACUCCAAAUCGUGGGAAGAAGCCAAAGAUGAUCCCUGGGUUGUCUUCCACACAUCAGGCACAACAGGAUACCCUAAACCACUUACAUAUACGCAGUAUAUGAUGGCGAUGCCCGGCGUUGUGGCGUCUAUUCCCGGUAUGAAAGAAUGCUGGCUGGUUGGAAUGAUGUUUAUAUUGAGCCUGACUACCUUCAACAACACAAUCAUCGUAGUCGGACCAUCCGCACCACCAACCCCACAAACCGUUCUGGAUGUCAUUAAAUACGGCAAAGUCAACUCCGCCCUCCUGACACCAGCUCUCAUCGAAGAAAUAUGUCUAUCAGAGACCGGUCUCGACACCCUGCGAGGCCUCACAUAUGUUCAGUACGCGGGGGCACCUCUUGCAGCAAAGGCAGGCAAUUUGCUAGUAUCGCAUACAAAUGUCGUACCUACAAUCGGCAGUACCGAGGCCGGAGGCUACAUUACAAAAAGGCACGACAAAAAGGACGCAUGGGACUACAUCAGUUUCCACGAAAAUGCCGGAGCGGUCUUUGAGCCACGCUUCGAUGAUCUGCACGAGUUGGUCUUUGUGCGUCAGCCGGACGACCGGAUGCAGUCGAUCUUCAAGCUUUAUACGGACCGUGAUCGCUACGAGACGAAUGAUCUCUGGGCCGAGCAUCCUGUUUACAAGGGGCUGUGGAAGAUCAUCGGUCGUGCUGAUGACCAUGUGAGCUUCUCGCAUGGGGAGGGACUCCAUGCGUCGCGCCUGGAGCCGGAUAUUGAAGCGCAUCCUGCUGUUAAAUCGGCGUUGAUUGGAGGCCAUGGGUAUUCGGGUCCGGUGCUCUUGCUUGAGUUGUAUGGUGGGACUUUGGAUGAGAAUGAUCGGGAUUCAUUAUUUGAUUCGUUGCAGUCGAAUAUUGAUAAGGUCAAUGCUCAGGUCCAUGAGUGUGUGGCUCUUUCUGCGGAUCGAAUUAUCAUCGCGACGGAGGAUAAGCCGUUUGUACGGACGGUUAAGGGCAGUGUUGGGCGGGUGCAGACGUUGGCGUCUUAUAAGGAUGAGAUUGCGGCUUUGUUUGCUUAG